GCGAGCCUGCGCCUUAUGUACGGGGGCGGCAGGCACUGGAGGGGCACAAGCGCCUGUUUCGGAUUCCUGGUGCGAGAUUGGGCGCCUAAUAGAUGGCGGAUGCGGGCGCUCGAGAGAGAUAAACUGUACAGGACCACUCGGUAACUGCCGGGGCGAAACCUUGCAGUAGUGUAGUCUACCGAUUUCAGCGGCUCUAGCAACUCCAGCAAGUCCUCAAGCAAAAUGUCGAAACGCGGUGCGGGUGCCUCUGGCAACAAGUUCCGGAUGACCAUGGGUCUCCCCACGGGUGCCGUCCUCAACUGCGCGGACAACAGCGGCGCCAAGUCGCUUUUCGUUAUCGAGGCGUACGGUACCGGCUCCCACCUUAACCGUCUCCCCGACGCCGGUGUCGGUGACAUGGUUGUUGCGUCCGUCAAGAAGGGAAAGCCCGAGCUGAGGAAGAAGACCAUGCCCGCUGUCGUUGUUCGUCAGCGCAAGGCGUGGCGCAGGCGAGAUGGUGUCUUCCUCUACUUUGAGGACAACGCCGGCGUUAUCGUCAACCCUAAGGGUGAGAUGAAGGGCUCUGCCAUCACUGGCCCCGUCGCAAAAGAAUGCGCGGAUCUCUGGCCGCGUAUCGCAUCGAACGCAGGUACCGUCGUAUAAGCCCUUCUCACUGUUGUCCUAUGCUUGUAUUUCGUAUGGUUAUGACUGCCACCACGCUCUCGGCUCUACAUGAUCAUGACCAAGCUCUUCGCG